AUGGAAGAGAGAAAAGGGAGGAGGAUAAUCAUGUUCCCUUUACCAUUUCCUGGUCACUUCAACCCUAUGAUCGAACUCGCCGGAAUAUUCCACCACCGUGGCUUAUCCGUCACGAUCCUCCACACUUCUUACAACUCUCCCGAUCCUUCUCGCCACCCACACUUCACUUUCCGAACCAUCUAUCACAAGAAAGAAGGAGAAGAAGACCAAGACCCUCUCUCUCAAACAAAAGCUUCGGGUAUGGACCUUGUGGCUCUCAUUCGUGUGUUGAAAAAAAGUUACGAGGAACCGUUUCGAAAGUCUCUUGCAGCGGAGGUAGUCGGAGGAGAGACGGUGUGUUGUUUGGUCUCCGACGCUAUUUGGGGGAAGAACACGGAGGUUGCGGCGAAAGAGGUUGGAGUUGGUAGAGUAGUGUUGAGGACAGGCGGUGCGGCGUCGUUUUGUGCGUUUGCCGCUUUCCCUCUCCUUAGAGAUAAGCAUUACUUCCCUAUACAAGAUUCUAGAUUAGAUGAGCCGGUGAUAGAGCUUCCACCUUUGAAAGUAAAAGAUCUUCCGGUAAUGGAAACGAAUGAGCCGGAGGAACUAUACCGGAUAGUUAACAACAUGGUGAAAGGAGCCAACUCUUCUUCAGGAGUCAUAUGGAACACGUUCGAAGAUCUUGAAAGACUUUCACUCAUGGAUUUUAGCAGCAGGUUUCAAGUUCCCAUCUUUCCGAUUGGACCGUUUCACAAACAUAGCGACAAUCUUCUAUCGAUGACAAAGAACGAAGAAGACCAUGUAACAACCGAUUGGCUCGACAAGCAAGACCCGCAGUCUGUGGUCUAUGUAAGCUUUGGGAGCCUUGCAGCUAUAGAGGAGAAGGAAUUUCUCGAGAUUGCUUGGGGUCUACGAAAUAGUGAACAACCGUUCUUGUGGGUGGUUAGGCCAGGGUUUGUCCGAGGGACCGAGUGGAUCGAGUCAUUGUCUUGUGGGUUUGUUGAAAACAUUGGUCAUAAGGGAAAAAUUGUGAAAUGGGUGAAUCAAUUAGAGGUAUUAGGGCAUCCCGCGAUUGGAGCGUUUUGGACGCAUUGUGGAUGGAACUCGACACUAGAGAGCAUAUGUGAAGGUGUUCCAAUGAUAUGUACGCCAUGUUUCACGGACCAACGUGUGAACGCGAGGUACAUUGUUGAUGUGUGGCGAGUCGGGAUGGAGUUAGAGAGAAGUAAAAUGGAUAAGAGAGGGAUUGAAAAGGUCGUAAGAAGUGCAAUGAUAAAGAAAGACGAUGGGAUUAGAGAGAGGUGUUUGAAGUUGAAAGAGAGAGUUAAUGUUUGCUUAAGUCAAGAUGGGUCUUCAUCCAAGUAUUUAGACAAACUUUUGAGUCAUGUCUUGACUUUUGAUCCAUAUGCUUCUGCCAGUGCAAGUUAG